AUGUUGGCCAAAAUCUUCACCGUAGCCGCCCUGCUGAGCUCAGCUUUUGGCCUCAACCACAAAUUCACAGUCUUCGAUGCCACAGAAUACCCAAACAUGACCAUCGGCUACGGCACAUCCCUCAUCAACCACGUCCCCGACUACGAAUGCGACCCGCUCCUCAAAAAAGGCCUUCCCUCCGAGAAGGACUGGAAAAAGCUCAUUGAAAAGUUCGCCCUCUUCCCCGGCUACCCGAUGCAACUCGACUGCCAAGGCAUUUUGGAACCCCACGGCAUCAACGAAGACAACACUCAAGUCAUGAAGACUCUGCAAACCUGGUCGGCACAGGUGCUCCCAAACAAUACAAUCAUCGGAUGGUUCAACCUCAUCGAACACACCAAUGUCACGAAUUCCAGGUUCUACCUUGAUAUCAUUGCCAAUUACAGCAACCAGGCGUUCUUCCCUGCCCCGAUUCUUUGGGACGCGGUGUUGAAGAGCUGGAAACGCCGAAUAACGCUGCAGGUUGGCGUGGCCAAGAAUCUCGGCCCCGAGCUCCCUCUGUGGCCGGUUCUGUUGACGCCAAUCGACGACAUGGCCCGGAUUUGGGUCGACAACUGGAAAAAGCAAAUAGAGUGGUUGAUUGAGAAUGUGGCCGUGAAUGGCUUUGUGGUUCGGGGUCCCGGUUCAUACCUCCCUUGUGUGGAGGAUUGCCUCCAUCGUGCACCGAAGAGUAGGUGGUUGCGCGUGCUGAGGCAACGUCUGACGAAAUUAUAUGGGCUACAUGGUGACGUGCCGCAGAGAGAGGGAGCUCAAGUGUUCACUGGAGUGUGA